AUGCGGUCUUCACAGGAAAUUGUCCAAGCGGGACGGCAAGCGUUCCCGGCACCUGACUUCAGUUCCAAAGGCGCCAUGGCCGCGGCCGUCGCCGAAGACAGCUGUGCGUUUGGAUCGACAAAAUAUUUUUUGCUUUGCGGGCUCGGCGGUUUUUUGUCGUGUGGAAUAACUCACGCAAUGGUCACACCACUGGAUUUGGUUAAAUGUCGUUUGCAAGUCGACCAAGCCAAAUACAAGAACGUUGUUCAUGGUUUCAAAGUUACACUGAAAGAAGAUGGUUUCAAGGGAUUGGCCAAAGGAUGGGCUCCAACUUUCUUGGGAUAUGCCGCUCAAGGUAUGUGCAAAUUUGGUUUGUAUGAAGUUUUCAAAGUCCACUAUUCGGAGAUGAUUGGCGAAGAGAACUCAUACGUGUACAGAACCGCGUUGUACUUGGCUGCCUCUGCAUCUGCCGAAUUCUUCGCUGACAUCGCACUCAGCCCAAUGGAAGCUGCAAAAGUCCGUAUCCAAACUCAACCAGGAUUUGCAAAACAUUGA